AUGUUAUUAGGACGAUUAGCUCAACUGAACUUUAGAAGAUCUAUUCACGUUACGAAAUCACUUUGCUCAGGAAUGGGGAUCGACGGAAAUAAUAUUCUGGCAGAAAGCCUGAAGAGACAGGGAGUUGAAUAUGUCUUUGGUAUUGUGGGAAUACCCGUCAUUGAGACGUCCAUGGCCUUCCAAGCAGCGGGCCUCAAGUACAUUGGUAUGAGGAACGAGCAGGCCGCGUGCUACGCAGCGCAGGCCAUCGGCUACCUCACAGGCAAGCCAGGAGUAUGCCUGGCGGUGUCCGGCCCCGGGCUGCUGCACUGCAUCGGGGGUAUGGCCAACGCGCAGGUCAACUGCUGGCCGCUGCUCGUCAUCGCUGGCUCCUGCCCCGAGGACCACGAGGGCAUUGGAGGCUUCCAGGAGUGGCCGCAGGUGGAGUCCUCCCGCCAGUACUGCAAGUACGCGGCGCGCCCCCCCUCCCCGCGCCUCAUCCCCCUGCACGUGGAGCGCGCGGUGCGAGCCGCCAGCGCGGGCCGCCCCGGCGCCGCUUACCUGGACAUGCCCGCCACGUUGCUCACUGCAGAAGUAGACGAAGACCAAGCCCAGCUAGACUACUACGCCGCCGACCCGAUAACCCUGGGACACCCCGCGCCCUCACUAGUCUCCCGAGCGGCGGACGCCCUCGCCACGGCGCAGAGGCCGCUAGUCAUUGUGGGCAAGGGCGCCGCCAGUGCACGGGCUGAGGAUGCUGUGAGGAAGCUCGUGGAUGGGACUAGGGUGCCGUUUUUGCCUACUCCUAUGGGUAAGGGCGUGGUCCCGGACACGUCCCCCUACUGCGUGUCUUCAGCUCGGACGCAGGCGCUGCUCAAGGCAGAUGUGAUCCUACUGCUUGGGGCUAGACUCAACUGGAUGUUGCACUUUGGACAGACGCCGCGGUUCGCUAAGGAUGUUAAGAUUAUUCAGGUGGACAUAAGCCCCGAGGAGCUGCACAACAGCGUCAAGUCGGAGGUGGCGGUGCACUCCGACAUCCGUCCGUUCGCGGAGGCCCUUACUGCGGAACUUGCCAAGAGGAAGUUCUCUCUACAACCCGCCAGCCACCCCUGGUGGAAGACGCUGCAGGAGAAGCAGACCGCUAAUGCUGAGUUUGUUAAGGCCCAAUCCAGCGACACAUCCGUCCCGCUCAAUUACUACGCGGUGUUCAAGGCGGUCCAGGCCAACAUCCCGUCGGACGCCAUCAUCGUGAGCGAGGGCGCUAACACCAUGGACAUAGGGCGAGGCAUGCUGCUGAAUAACCUGCCUCGGCAUAGGCUGGAUGCGGGGACUUUCGGGACUAUGGGGGUGGGUCCCGGGUUCGCGAUCGCGGCCGCCAUGUGGUGCCGCGACCACGCGCCCGGCAAGCGCGUCGUGUGCGUCGAGGGAGACUCGGCGUUCGGCUUCUCAGGCAUGGAGAUAGAGACCAUGUUCCGCUACAAGCUGCCCGUGAUCGUGGUGAUCGUGAACAACAACGGCAUCUACGGGGGCUUCGACAAGGAGACCUACAACGACAUCCAGAGCGCUGGAGACGUCACGCUGUGCACGCCGCCCACAGCACUCAGCAACGAAGUUCGCUACGAAAAGAUGAUGGAGAUCUUCGGCGAGACGGGCCACCUCUGCAGGACGGUGGACGAAAUCCAGGCGGCUCUGAAGAAGGCUCUCGCGGUCACCGACCGACCCAGCAUCAUCAACAUACUGAUCAACCCGCAGAGUAACAGGAAACCUCAGGCAUUCAACUGGCUUACUGAGUCCAAACUGUAGAUUAACAUGCCAUAAGGGCAAAACAGGGUCAGGAAAAUGGUGCUUUAUGGUUCUAUGUAUUCAGAUGGUUGUACUUUUUGUGUAAAUAAGGUUGAGGUAUUUUCUUAGACUGAGGAGCAUUUAAUGGAAACAACAAUGUUGCAUGACUAAUUUGUAUAUAUUAUAAUCUUAAGAAAUAUAUAAAUAUUAUGAACUAAA